AUGUUUGGGUUGGAAGUCGGGGUAGGAAAGAGAGAGAGGGAGAGAGGCCCGUGGCGGGCGAGAAGCGGGAGGGUUUCGCCAUGGAGCACAUCACGACGCCCAAGGUAGAAAAUGUCAAAUUACUAGAUCGCUACACCAACCGGAAGCCGGCAAAUGGAACUUUAUACCUGACGGCGACUCACCUUAUUUACGUCGACGCUUUGGCCGAAGUCCGGAAGGAGACCUGGAUUCUUCACCACCACAUUGCAUCCGUGGAGAAGUUGCCGCUGACUGCCUCGGGAUGUCCGCUGCUGAUCCGUUGCAAGAACUUCCGCACAGCACACUUUGUCGUUGGGCAAGAGCGGGACUGCCAUGAAGUCUACGUCUCCUUGCUGAAGCUCUCCCAGCCAGUGAAACCCGAAGAGCUAUAUGCCUUCUCUUACAAUCCCAAAAUGCCCAAAGACAAUCGGGAAGCCGGCUGGAAGUUGAUUGACGUCAGAGUGGAUUACCAGAGGAUGGGGAUCCCCAAUGACUACUGGGAAAUGACCGACUUCAACAAAGACUAUGAGGUCUGCAGUACUUACUCCCCGCAUCUCGCCUUGCCCAAAGCGGCCACCAGGGGGACGGUGCUGGCCAGCGCAAAGUUUCGGAGCCGAGGUCGGAUCCCAGUGCUUUCCUACUUCCACAAAGAGAAUAAUGCCGCCAUCUGCCGCUGCAGCCAGCCCUUGUCCGGCUUCAACGCUCGCUGCCCGGAGGAUGAACAGCUCUUGCAGGCCAUUGGGGAGGCAAACCCGGGAAGCCCCUUCAUGUAUGUCGUAGACACAAGGCCAAAGUUGAAUGCCAUGGCCAACCGAGCAGCCGGGAAGGGCUACGAAAACGUGGACAAUUAUGACAACAUCCGCUUUAAGUUCAUCGGCAUCGAAAACAUCCACGUGAUGAGGAGCAGCCUGCAGAAGCUGUUGGAAGUGUGCGAGACAAAGUCUCCUUCCAUGAGCGACUUCCUGACGGGGCUGGAGAACUCCGGCUGGCUGCGGCACAUUAAAGCCGUGAUGGAUGCCGGCGUCUUCCUCGCGAAGGCUGUGAAAGAGGAGAAAGCCAGCGUCUUAGUCCAUUGCUCUGACGGCUGGGACCGCACGGCCCAAGUCUGCUCCGUCGCCUGUCUCCUUCUGGACCCCUUUUAUCGGACCUUCAAAGGAUUCAUGUUCCUGAUAGAAAAGGAGUGGAUCGCGAUGGGCCACAAAUUCUCACACAGGUGCGGCCACCUGGACGGCGACCCCAAGGAGGUCUCCCCGGUCUUCACGCAGUUCAUUGAAUGCACCUGGCAGCUGAUGCAGCAGUUCCCCUGCGCCUUCGCCUUCAACGAACGCUUCCUCCUCGAGAUCCACGACCACGUCUUUUCCUGCCAAUUUGGCAACUUCCUGGGCACUUGCCACAAGGAACGGGAAGAUUUGAAUAUCUUCGAGAAGACGCAUUCCUUAUGGCCCUUUCUUCUGCAGAGGAAGCAAGAAUUCAGGAAUCCACUCUAUAAGGGAUUUGCCACGUACAAGGAACUUCGGCCCAACACUUUGCCAUACAGUUUCCAGUUCUGGUGUGGCCUGUAUAACCGGUUUGACAAGGGGAUGCACCCAAAGCAGUGUGUGUUGGACCACCUCCUGGGCUGCAUCCGCCAGAGACUGGAGUUGGAGGAUGCUGCAGCAGAGCUGGAGGAGAAGCUGCCUCUCGCCGAUGGUCUGCCGGAAGAGGAGACGUCCACCUUAUCCAAACGGACCACUGCCUCAAGCAGUUGCGCCAAAUCCCCGAUGCUCAACACUCCCCAGGACUAUGGAGAAAACCCUCCUCUGAUUCUGGCCAACGGCAGCUUAGCCAGGAAAGAAAGCGAGGGACCCAACCGCCUGCCGAAGAGCCAAGAGGGCCUUGCGAAUCCCCUCGGCAUUUUGGAGAGCGAGGUCAUGGCCGCCAAUGGCACUGCGCAGCUUGAUGCUCCAGCACUGGAUCUCCAGGACCAUUGAACUGAGCCUAUUGCCGCCGCGGAAUGCUGUCUACAGAGCACGCAAGAGCCUUGGCCCACAUAUGGCUACGUGUUGUGUCCUGUGUAUUGAAAGUGGGCAAGGGGAAGGAAGGAGGUCCAUAUUGGAGGCCCUUUGAGGAUGAAGGUCAUUGUGGGGCUGGGCAUACAUUGAGCUGGGAAGAUCUGCCAAAAUAGCCACCGUCCACACCAUCCAAUUCUUCCCACCAUGGCUCAUGUCAGAGGCUAAGUGGCCCUCUUUUCCAUAAUUUUUAAAGGACAUCGUGAAAACGCAGUAUCCGAUCCUGGAAUGGAAAAUGGACGGAGCUGGUGCCGAAUGGGUACCGACGUUGGUCGGUUUGGAAGACGCUUUGCUUGUGACACUUUGCAUGGGGUAUUCCGUAUUGCGGCACCGUCGGGUUGAAUUUAUUUGGCACUGCACUUAAUUUUUUAAUCUUUUUUUUUUUGUCAGUUGUCGUGCCUUUUAAUUCUAUCCUUUUUUUCAAAGUGUGGUCUGUCCAGCCAUUUGCAAGGAGUGCUUCGAUUCAUGUGACUUUAGUGGCUGUAAUGUGCAAGGGCCGGCUCCUGUCUAUAUUUUAAGAAAACAUGCCGAUAGUGAGCCCUCUAUUGACAUUCAUGGCACUGAAUGAUCUAGUGCAGUGGUUCUCAACCUUCCUAAUGUCGCGACCUCUUAGUACAGUUCCUCAUGUUGUGGUGACCCCCAACCAUAACAUUAUUUUCAUUGCUACUCCAUAACUGUAAUUUUGCUCGUGUUGUGAAUUGUAAUGUAAAUAUCUGAUAUGCAGGA